CUGGAUUAAUAUGCGGGCUUUUAUACAGGGCAGCAUUGUCCUUUGUUUGAUCAGUUGUUGUUACACAGCUAUUCCGAGCAAAGAUGAGGUGCUGGCUGCCCUUGCAAAGGCAAAGAAGAUUGGCCUCACCGAAGAAAAACUCGAGAAAAUAGAGCAAAACCGUGAAAGAAAAACGUCUCCAAAGUGUCUGAUGUCGUUAAGUCAUGGUAAACGGAUGCACGGAAAUGUCGGUAUGGACAAAAACGUGAACGCACAAAUUCGGGCGAUGCGAAUUCUUCAAUCAGAGAAUAAUCAUAGUUUAGAGGAGGUCACACAUGAAGAUGUUCUUCACGUAUUCAAGACGACUAAUGGAGGAACUUGUAAUGUCGCCAAGCCUCCAGAAGAAUGCGACCCUGACGUCAAGUACAGAAGUGCAGAUGGCUCUUGCAAUAACUUAAAUAAUCCUGAAUGGGGCAUGGCUGGUAGAAGUCAAGAUCGCUUACUUCCAAAUAAGUAUGAUGACAAACUUGGAUUGCCAAGAACUGUUGGUAUCAACAAAAAGCCUCUGCCGAAUGCAAGACUUAUCAGUAAUAAAAUACACAAUGCAGUUGGACUUAACGUAGAUCGUAGCCAAAAUUUAACUCUGCACGCGAUGGGAUUUGGACAAUUUCUGGACCAUGACUUAACGCUCACUCCACUUAUUUCAGCGGUAGAACAAUGUUGCGACAAGACCGCAAAAGACGACAUUGACAAUUGUUUUAACAUCAUUAGUCAGGAGGAUGACGAAUUUCAGCCAAUAUUCAGUAAAGAUCAUUGUAUAGAAUUCAAAAGAUCAGCCCCUGUGCUGUGUCCAGACUCACAAUCUAAUGGCAAACCAGUUAGACAACAGAUCAACGCAAUCACGGCAUUCAUUGAUGGCUCUAAUGUGUACGGCUCUUCUCUUGAACGUCAAAAAAGUCUGAGAGACGGAGAGAGUGGCAUAGGCUUUCUCCUAAAGACAAGUACUCUACGAAAUGCAGAGCGAAUCCUGAAUGGCGAUUCUGCUGAUUGUGUUCUUACUGAGUCUGGGCAGCACUGCUCAAAAGCAGGGGAUGUUCGGGUUAACGAAGUUCCAAGUUUGACAGCGUACCACUAUCUGUUUGUGAAAGAACAUAACAGAAUUGCCAACAUAUUGAAAGAUUUCUACCCGAAAACCGGCAGUGAUGAAAUAAUAUUCCAGGAGACAAGAAAGCUGGUCAUAGCCAUUAUGCAAACAAUUGUCUACGACCAGUUUCUUCCUUCUUUCCUAACUGAUGAUACUAUGAAAAGAUAUAGGCUGAAAACAUCCGAAGACUAUACGUAUGAGGCCGGAAUAAAUCCAACAAUUCUUAACGAAUUUGCGGUGGCAGCUUAUAGAAUGGGACAUUCAUGGAUAUCUCCUGAAAUGAUUUUGUUUAAUAAAGCUUUUAAACCGCUUGGCAACGGGGAAGUGAAAACAGAAGAUACAUUUCACAAUCCAAGUUUGACAUAUAGACCAAAAGCGUUUAAUAAGCUGAUGUAUGGGCUCUCUGGAGUGGCAUCACCUGGAACAGACAGGUUCUUAGUAGAAGCAGUUCGAAGUAACCUGUUUUUGGACAAAGCUGAAGGUUUUGCCUUGGAUUUGGCUGCACUUAACAUACAAAGAGGUAGGGAUCAUGGCAUAGGGACGUUUUACGACUACAUGGAGUACUGUAGAUUGGACAGAGUUCAGGAAAACUGGAAUGAGGACAUUUCAGAAAAGUUUGUCGAUGGAGUCAAAGACAAAGUGGUUGAAACAGGAUACGACUUACCAGGAGAUAUUGAUCUCUUUACUGGAGGUCUCAUAGAAAAAACAGUGAAUGGGGCUUUGCUUGGAGCUACAUUGGAAUGUCUAAUUGGAGAACAGUUCAAGAGACUGAAAUUUGGAGACCGUUUCUGGUUUCAGAGUGAAACAGCCAAUUACAAUAAAAAGCAAAUUGAUGAAAUACGGAAGUACACAUUCUCCAAGAUACUCUGCAAGAAUUUUGGCUACAAUACUGUACAGUUUCCUAAUGCAUUUAAGCUCACUGACAAAAUGAAGAAGUGCAGCGAAAUUGAUGACAUAAAUUUCAGCGUUUUUGACCCACGGUAAACUCAAACUUCACGACCCCCUCUUUUCCAUGAACACCGCCCGAUAAGACGAAUGAAAAUCAUAUUGGAAAAGAACUCCUGCACCACAUUGAACAGCGUGAAGAAGAAAAAAGGAACUGAAAUAUAAAACUUUAUCCAUGAAAACUGGGCUUCAUUGAAUUGAAUUAACAUGUUUUGAUUGCUACACAUCAAUCUAAAUUCAAAAUGCUGAGAAUUCACUUUUAUUGAUGCAUUGUUUUCAAAUCAAGAAUAUUUGUCAUUUAAUAAGACACUUCACAUUCAAGAAUUCAAUAUGUACAUUUUUUCUAAAAAUGUUUUUCAGUAACUAUAAGGUCUAUACUUUAAAAUCUUGUAGAAUACCAAAGGAUCAUAGGUUUUGUUGCCUCUUUUGGCCAAAUUUCUCUCCAAAAACAUAGCAAAUAUAAAUGUUUACACUCAAUAUGCUUCAUGUCACUUUAAAAUUUACACUGAAUAUGCUUUAUAUCACUUCAAUGCACGUAUUGCUAUAUAUUAAUUGUCAUGAUAAACGUCCAUUCACCAUAAUUAGCAAUUUUUGCGAUUGGGUGAAAAAAGUAGACACACCUUUAUUAAAAAA